ACUUCUGCCUUUACCUCUUCUUUCUCACUGUUUCCUUUUCUCUGCCGUUUGUCUCCACUGCAAUCACCUUGAAGGCGACGGUAGCCACCAUCUCUUUUUUGUUUUAUUCUCCAUAAAAGAUUAUGCUUUACUCUACACUGGCUUGCUUUUAAUGAGUCACUUAAAUCCCUCUCCAAAUCAAACCAAAACCAAAACCCAAUCUGAGAGACAGAAUCGGAGUGAGAGAAAUAGAGAAGAGAGAAGAGAGAGAAUCGGAGAGUGAAAGAAGAGAGAGAGGCCGCUGUUUCCAGCCACGCACCACUCGCCGUCGACGUCGAUCCCUAGCCCGCAACCCACAACCCAUAUGCUACCAGGGCCCGUGACCACUCCACCACCACGCCACAACCAUCGGACCGCCCUAACACAGCGUCGCCACCAUCGAGAGAGAUUGGCAGAGAGAGCCCUGAUUUGAUGAGAGAGGUCAUAUCAAUGGUUUUCUUGACCGAGGAAGGAGGAGCCUCUUCUUCUUCUUCUGCCCACCGAUGGGACUAUGAUGUCUUCUUGAGUUUUCGAGGUGAAGAUACUCGUAAAAAUUUUACAAGCCAUUUAUAUAAGGCUUUGUGUGAUCAGGGUUUUAAUACCUUUAUUGAUGAUGACCUUCCGAGGGGAGAAGAAAUUUCAAUGAAACUUGUUAAAGCCAUUGAAUCGUCAAUGAUUUCAAUUGUUAUAUUCUCUAAAAAUUUUGCAUCUUCUACUUGGUGCUUGAAUGAACUCGUCAAGAUUUUUGAGUGUAGGAGGAGUAAUGGCCAAUUGGUUUUUUUAAUUUUUUACAAGGUGAGCCCAUCAGAAAUACGUAAACAAGAUGGAGAGUUUGGGAUUGCACUAGCUGAACAUGAAGAAAAAUUCAAAAAUGACAUAGAAAAGGUUCAGAGGUGGAGGACAACUUUAACUGAAGCAGCUAAUUUGUCUGGAUUUCCUUACAAUGAUAGUUACACUGAAUCUGAAUCUGAGUUUAUCCAAAGAGUUAUAAAAGAGAUAUCAAGGACUAAAUCAAAUCGUGAGCUGUUAUUUGUUACUAAACAUCCAGUUGGAAUAGAUAUUCGAGCAGAGGCCGUAGAAUUGCUUUUAGAUAUGGAGUCAAAUGAUGUUUGCAUGGUAGGAAUUUGUGGUAUUGGGGGAAUAGGUAAGACUACGAUCUCUAAAGCUGUUUAUAAUAGAAUUGCUCACCGUUUUGAAGGAAGCUGUUUUUUAGAGAAUGUUAGAGAAAGGUCAAAAAUAAUUGGUGGCAUAACCCAACUACAAGAGAAACUUCUUUCUAAGAUCUUACGUGAUAGAGAUUUGAAGGUGCACAAUGUAUUUGAAGGUAUCAAUUUGAUAAAGAAAAGACUUCGUAAUAAAAAAGUUCUUUUAAUUCUUGAUGAUGUGGAAGACUCAAAAGAGGUAGACAAUUUGCUUGGAGAAUGUAACUGGUUUGCUUCCGGAAGUAGAGUAAUUAUAACAACAAGAGACAAACAUGUACUAACCACUUUGGAAAGAGAUCCUCGAAUAUAUGAGGUUACAGAAUUGAAUCAAAGUGAAGCUCGUGAACUUUUCAACUUGCAUGCUUUCCACACAAGUAAAUAUGGGGAAGAUUAUUCAGAACUUGCAGAACAGAUUAUAUGUUAUGCCAAUGGCCUACCAUUAGCUUUAAAAAUAAUUGGUUCUGAUUUGUGUGGAAAAAAAAUAUAUGAAUGGAAAAGCGCAUUAGAAAAGUAUAAAAACAUUCCACAUAAAAAUAUUCAAGAAAUACUCAAAAUAAGUUAUGAUGGAUUGGAAAAUUUUGAAAAGGAAAUUUUUCUUGAUAUUGCAUGUUUUUUUAAGGGUUACAACAAGGAUGAUGUUGUAAAUAUAUUAGAUUCUUGCAAUUUAUAUUCCGACUAUGGUAUUGGAAAGCUUAUUGAUAAGUGUCUCAUAACCUUGGAACAUGACUAUGUGCCACCGGAUGACUCUUUGUCAAUGCAUGACUUGGUACAACAAAUGGGUAGAGAAAUUGUUCAGCAAGAAUCAGAAGAGCUUGAACAGCGUAGUAGGAUAUGGCGUUAUAAGGAUGCUCGUAAAUUACUAACUAGAAAUAUGGGAUCAAAUAAAAUUCGAGGUAUAAUGUUGUGCUCACCUAAACCAACAAAGAUUGCAUUGGAAGCUAAUGUUUUCAAGAGGAUGAAAAAUCUCAAAUUUCUUAUAGGCAAUGUACAUAUUCGUGAAGCACUUGAAUAUCUCCCAGAUGAGUUAAGGGUUCUUGAAUGGCGUGAAUUUCCUCUAUCCUUAUCUUCUAAAUGUUGCCUUCCUCGACAACUUGUUGCACUCGAGAUGUCUAAGUCUAACAUUAUAUUGGAGAAUGUAUUCAAGCAGGGAUUCCAGUAUGAAAAUUUGAAAAUGAUCUAUCUAUCUUGUGAAUUCAUUACAAAAUUACCUAACUUGUGCUGCCCAAACUUAGAGAAAUUGGAUCUUAGCGAUUGUAAAAAUUUAAUCGAGGUUCACAAGUCUGUUGGGUUUCUUGAGAAGCUUAAAGUAUGGAAUCUCUAUUGCUGUUCACAACUUCAAAUUCUUCCAAGUACGCUCAUGUUGAAAUCUCUUGAACAUUUUGUACUACGUGAUUGCUCAAGGCUUGAGAAGUUCCCCGAUAUUCACCCAGAAAUGAAUUGUCUAAAGUCAUUGAAUUUGGAAAGUAGUGGUAUUAGAGAAUUGCCUUCAUCACUGUUGUAUCUGACUGGACUGAAGUGGUUAAACCUACUUGGCAGUAAGCUUAGGAAUCUUCUAGUUGGGGCCAAUAAAUCACAAAUGCGGGAGGAAGAAGAUAUUCCUUCUGCCAAAUUGAGACUGGCUUGCAAUUCCUUUAAUAACUUUUCGGGACCUACUGGGUUUCUGUGCUUGACACAACUGGAUUUUAGCCAUUUGAAAAUUAAAGUUGAAUUAGAUUUUUGGAUGCAGCCUGAUUACUUCCCAGUAUUGUCACAUUUAAAUCUAAAUGCUACUAGUAUUGUUACCAUCCCAGAAAGUAUUAGUAGAUUUACUAGAUUACUAUAUCUUACCAUUCAAAAUUGCAAAAAGCUUCGGGAAAUUUCGAGACUUCCACAAUCUAUAAGAUAUGUGAAUGCAAUGAAUUGCGAUCGGUUGGAGACACAAUCAUCAAGCAGAUUAUUGAAUCAAUUUCGAGAAAUUGUAGGGAUUCUAUCAAAUAUAGUCGCUGAAGCUGCAACAAGCUUUGAUUCUGAAGGGGUUCAAAUUGGGAAGGAUCAUUAUCUUAUACUACCAGUAACUGAGAUUCCAAAGUGGCUCAAAUUCAACCAUCAUCAGAGUGUUGAAAAUUCCGUAUCAUUCUUGGUCGGUCCCAAAUUUUCAAAUUUGGUUGUUUGUAUUGCUCUUACAUCAAUGGGUGUGAAGACCGAUGCAAUGUACGGAUGGGGUAUUUACGUUUUUAUCAAUGGUGAAGAACAAUUCAUAAAUACCAUGACGUGGUGGCCGGAUGGUAAUUGUGACAAUGUAUGGUUAAUUUAUGGGAAAGUGAAUAUAUCAAAUCCAUCUGAAGAGAAUUGCAUUGUGGUUGAGGUUAGAGGUCCAAGAUUUUCUCCAAAUAGGAUGAGGAUUUAUCCUAUGGUGGAAUGCAUCUGUUGUCCUCAGAAACCCAAUAUAUCUAUGGAUCAAUGUGCUUUCAACAAUGGGGAAGAAGAUUCAGGCCGUGUUGGAAUCCGACGCCGACUGCGAAGAAGAAACCAUCGACCAACCCAUGCUAGACGUCCCCAAAAACACUACCUGUCCCGCUUUGGAUGGCUUCGAAUCAGAUACCAACUCUGGAAACCAUGCUCCAAACCCUGGAGACGGCGAAUUACCAAUGGGUUUCAUGAUGAGGGUUCAUCUUCAAUCCCCAAUACCUUUUCAAUGAUGAUACCUCAAUGAUGAUACCAAGGCCAAUCCUUCACCACCAUCUCAAUCCAACUUUGAAGAGAAGAUGAUGCCUUGUUGCUAUUGAAGUAAUUGGCAGGCCUAAGAUCCCUUUUCACCUUGCAAUUUGAUUUUCAUUUAAUAUUUGUCUUUUUGUCUGCUUCUAGUGCAUAAUUUCUUCUUGUAAGAUUUUCUAAUCUACAAUUUUACCAAAUAAUGAGCAUGCUUGCCGCUUGUUCGAAACUAAAAUUCAAGUCAAGCACACAACUGAUCGAUGAAAUGCUUCUUCAGGAUGUUAAACCUGUUUGCUUAGAUGACCUAUGCAACAUCAAGCCAAUUGUUAAGGGAUGCAGCAAACACAUGGGAAGUGGACACUUGUUAAAACACCUAAUGUACCUCCCAGCAGUUUCUUGGCAAUAUAGCACAUGAUCAGAUGUUGAUGUUGUAUGUGUAAUGCACGAGGGGUGAUUGAAGAUGAAAAAAAAUAAGGGAUGAUUCCACCAGAUAUGUUGUAAUUGGAUACCCAUGUUGGGGGCCAUUUCUUCAGUUAGUACUUUGGGGGAAAAAGGACAAUUUCUUGAGAUUAUCGUAGUGCUUCGGUCAUAUUGGUCUGCAUCUGCCCCCAUCGUCCAAUGCGUUUGCAUGGACUGUGUAGUUGUUUGUAUUAUUUUUCAAUAAAGAAAAAAUGAUUAUGUUUUUGUCACCACGCCAAACUAAACUUUUUGGCAUUUUAUUGUAAGCUUCAAUCUUUGAACUUCAACAAAUAUAUACAUAGUGGGUUCAAGACACAUGUUAUAUUGCGUAAAUGAUCCUUGGGUGUCUUCUUUAAAAGUUAUUUAAAAGGAAUGCUUUUAAGCCAAUUCAUUCAAAGAUAUGUUUAAUUUGUUUUGUUUUGAGAAAAGAAGAUUGUCUUGAAUAGUCAUGUUCUUAUUUUUAUAUAGGGGGCAGGGGAAGGGCUGUAGUUUAAAUGAUUUGUACAACCUAGUAUUCUUUUGGCUGUAUAAAAUGCUCAAUGAAUUCCGAUAGGAGGGGUUGAUUCCUAGCCACUAGUUGAAUCAAUAGGGCUGGCUCAGGCAUUCUCAUGUUGAGAUAUGGUGCUUAAGGCUACCUAAUACAGAUGGAUUUGUGACUACUUUAAAACCAAAGCAAAAGCACACACCAAGAAUUAGCAUUUGAUUGUGCAAUAGAAGUUGUAAGCAACACAUGCUUUACAAUUUGGAUUACAGUUUAUUGCAUUUGAAUGGCUCUUAACUUUUUCGUAAUUCUUGUUUAGAUGGUGGAAAUUGUAAUUGAUCCUCAUAAAUGACUGAUUUUCUCAUUAUCAUUCAGAUGAUCUUUCUAGCUUGUCUUUCAAAUUCUAUAUGGGCCAUUUAUCUUCUCUUGAUCCUUUGCACAUUUAUUUUUUUAAAGGAAUAUCAUGGAUCAACUAUUUAUUAAUGGGACCAUGAUGGGUUUGCCUUAUUUAAUGGCGUGGAAUCUAUUUGAGUGUUUGAUUUUAAUGUUUUAGGUAUCAAGGAAAAAAAAAAAUGGAAGUAAAGAAUCUGAUUUUAGCAUUUCAAUCAAGUUUCUUAGCUGAUUUAUAGCUGGAUUGGUGGUGUGGAUCUUUCAAUUUCAUUCAAUUCUAACACAAAAAAUCAUUUCAGAUUUCUAUGGGUAAUCCUGUCUGACCUUCAUUUGGCAUCCUGAUGGCAAAGUAAUGCUUACCAUGUUGGUUGAUUUUUUUUUCUAGAAGGAUUAUGAUACCAACACCAAUCUGUAUCAAACCAUCAAAGAAGACAAAAACAUCUUGAUCCAACUUUGAAGAGAAGGGAUGCAACAAACACAUGUGGACACUCCUAUUAAACCACUUAAUGUACUUUUCAGUAGUUUCCUUAGCAAUAUAGCAAACGAUCAGAUGUUGAAGGUAUGGAUUCCUCUCUCUCUUUUCGUGAUAUAUCUAUAUGAUGGUGUAAAACCGGUAGAGAAUUUGGUAAAUAUAACUAUUGUUGGAUGGUUCAUACAGUUGUAUGUGUAAUACAUGAAGUGUGAUUGAAGAUGAAAAAAUCAGGGAUGAUUCCUCCAUAUAUGGUGUAAUUGGAUACUCAUGUUGGGGGCUGUUUCUUCAGUCAGUAUUUUGGGGGGAAUGGGCAAUUGUUCUUCAUCUGCCCCUGUCAUCCAAUGCAUUGACAUGGAUGUGUAGUUCUCUUUGUAUUAUUUUUCAAUAAAGAAAAAAUGCUUAUGUUUAUGUCACAGUGUCAAACUAAACUUUUUGGCAUUUAAUUGUAAGCUUCAUUCUUUGAACUUUAAUAAAUAUAUAGAUAGUGGGGUUCAAGAAACAUGUUACAUAUAUAUUGCGUAAAUGAUCCUUGGGUGUCUUCUUUAAAGUUAUUUAAUAGGAAUGCUUUCAAGCCAAUUCAUUCAAAGAUAUGUUUAAAACCAUUUGUCUGGUUUUGAGAAAAGAAGAUUGUCUUGAAUAAUCAUGUUCUUAUUUUUAUAUAGGGGGUCUGGGGUGGGGCUGUAGUUUAAACGCUUUGUACAUCCUAGUAUUAUUUUAAAACGCUCAAUGAAUUCCCAAAGGAGGGAUUGAUUCCUAGCCACUAGUUGAAUCAAUAUGGCUGGUUCAGGUGUUUUCAUGUUGAGAUAGGGUGCUUAAGGCUACCUAAUACAGAUGCAUUUGUGACAGCUUUAAAAGCAAAGAAAAAGUACACACCAAGAAUUAGCAUUUGAUUAUGCAAUAAAAGUUGUAAGCAACACAUGCUUUAUAAUUUUGAUUAUAGUUUAUUGCAUUUGAAUGGCUCUUAACUUUUUCGUUAUUCUUGUUUAGAUGGUGAUAAUUGUAAUUAAUCCUCAUAAAUGACCAAUUUUGUCAUCAUCAUUUAGAUGAUCUUUCUAGCUUGUCUUUCAAAUACUAUAUGGGCCAUUUAUCUUCUCUUGAUCCUUUGCACAUUUAUUUUUUUAAAGGAAUAUCAUGGAUCAACUAUUUAUUAAUGGGACCAUGAUGGUUUUGCCUUAUUUAAUGGCAUAACAUAUUAACAUCUAUUUGAGUGUUUGAUUUUAAUGUUUCAGGUAUCAAGGAAAAAAAUGAAAGUAAAGAAUCUGAUUUUAGCCGUUCAAACAAGUUUCUUUGUUGAUUUAUAGCUGGAUGGUGGUGUGGAUCUUUCAAUUUCAUCCAAUUCUAAGUUCUAACACAAAAACCCAUUUCAAAUUUCUUUGGGAGAGGCUAAAUGGGGUUGAGCAGUACUGCCCUUUCCCCACAUAGCUUAGCAGUACCUUGUGGCAGAGGGUGGAAAAAUUGAAAUGGCAGCUACUUGUGGGAUGGUGGCUGGGUAUGAUGUUUUUAGCGUAGGGGUAGAGAUGCUGAUUGAUGUAGGCAUAAAAGUAUGGGUAUGAUGUAGAGUGAGAAAUUGGACAUUCAUGGAGGUCUAAUAAGCUCAGAAGAAGAUAUUGGACACUCCAAAUUGUACGACAAGAGUCAAGACCUGUGUGAUUGCUAGAGGGAGGUCCAAGAACUAUUGUUUUUUAUAAAGUCAAGACAUGUGAGGUUCUUAAUUCUUAGUGAUAUUCUUUGUUUUGGAAGUCGUAAGUUUGCCGCGAUUUGCUUAGAUUCUUGUAACAGUGAGAUGGCUGUUUGUUGUGUUCCUUGCCAAUCAACGCACAAAAGUUUGGUUGAUCUGUGCUUUUAAAUCAAAUAGGUCUGUGCUAGUGCUUGCCACCUUC